ACCUUCUCCUCCGCGAGCCUAUGAUCCAGGCUUAUAAAACAACCUGGAGUCGCAGCUGGGCAACUGCGGUCCACAUAUCGCCGGUGAACUCCGAAGCGAGAGGGAGGGGAGCUAAAUCCACGGGAUAAAUGCAGCUCAAUGAAAGAUCCGAGAAGCUGCGAGGUGGGUCAUAAUUGCUCCGUAUGGUUGAAAGCCUCAUGGCAAGUGAGAACAAGCCCGCGUCGGUAAUGGAUGACAGCCCCACGCCGAGCCCGAGCUGCAGUCCCGGCUCCGAAAUACUGUCUCCGGACAGGCGUCGCAGCGACACGCUGACGCGGCCCAGGCUGGUCCCGACCGGCGGUCUCACCGGCAGAGGCCGCCCAGCCGCUGCCAACGCGGCCAGGGAGCGAAGCCGGGUGCAGACCUUGCGGCACGCCUUCCUGGAGCUGCAGCGGACUUUGCCGUCGGUACCACCGGACACCAAACUGUCCAAACUCGAUCUGCUGAUACUGGCCACCACGUACAUCGCGCACCUGACCAAAACCUUACAAGAAGAAGGGAUGGAGGAGGGAGAGAGCACGAGGCAAAGCGAAGUCUUACACUCCCUGAAGGGCGACGGCUACCUGCACCCAGUCAAAAAAUGGCCAAUGCGAUCCAGGCUUUACGUUGGGGCCACCGGACAAUUUCUGAAUAGCUCAGGUCAAACCGAAAACUCAAACCAAAGCAAAUCAUCGAACCCUCAGACAUAAAUUUGCCGAAUUUUCCUUCGAUGAUCCGUGGAAAGAAGGACAGGAGGGAGAAACGGACACAGAAAACAUCUUUGACAGCCCCUGCAGUCCGGCUUCGGACCCCGCCGUUUCUGCCUACUUCUUGUAACCACCUUAUUUUUCAAUAACUUAUGUAUAAAAUAUAUACGCGUCAUGUCUUCUAAGGGAAUUCUUUGUAAAUUUAUGACUCGGCAAAAUUCAUGUGAAAAUCCGCCCUAGGUGAUUUGAGUUUAACGUAAUGAUGGUGGAGUGAAACUGAAAUAUGUAUGUUGGCAUGAAAAAUAAAGUGUACAUGUAUGUCUUCUGCUGUAAACCUGAA